AUGGUUGGAACGGAGCUUAAAGUCGCGAUUAUAGCGGUCGCUGUGACGUGCUACUUGCGUCCACAAUUACUACUACAAUCUAUAAUGGGUGAGACAUUAGAUGGUGCAGACAUUGACGCUUUUGUGCGUGUAUUCCGUGGUCUUUUGACACUUCUAAGCUAUAGCUUGGCUAGCAUGCGAUUCUCUUGGUUUUGGGUACUUGUUGUUGUGGCAACAUUACAUCUUACGAUGUGGGGACUGCAGUUAGGCGAAGAUUCGGUGUUUGGAAUGAGUAGAGAAGUAGAGAUGACAAUGUUUCAUUUUGGUGGAGUACUUUGCUUUGGAAUUGUCAUGGGGAUCUCUCUUUUUGGAGGCAAACACGAUACAAAGACUCGUUUUCGAAAGAGACUAAUAGCGUUCUACAAGAAGCAUAAUCCAAGUAAACUACAUGAUGUGGACGAUUUGGUGGAAAAAUACGAGUUAAAUGAGGAAUUGUUGUUCCAACGACUACAUCGAAAGUACAAUGCAUUAGCUGCUGGACCAGAUAAUCACUCGGUGAUGAAAAAGAUUGAUGAGAGUGAGUUUCUUUAUGAAGAAGCAGAAGAAGAGAGAGAAGAGUCGGAUGAGGAGAAAGAUAAACUCGAGGCUACUCCACUUCCAACUGAUGAUGAGGAAGAAGAAUUGGCAGAAACAAUGCAUUAUAUGUCCACGUCACAUGGUGCAGGAAAUGGCAGAUAUGAUGAAAAGUUUAAUGUCGUUAAAAAGAAGAAUUGGUCUACUACUACAGUGACAGCUCGUCGUUUGGAAAUUACAAGCUAUGAUGAGCUUGACGGUACGCCUCCUGCAUCACCUCGUACAGCCGAAACAUUAGCUUUCACUCAUCGCCAAUCGUCCACACUGAUCAAAGAUGCAAUUGAAAUAGCACGCCGUGCUCAGCGAGAACGCAUUGAGUGCCGCAUUGCGACUAUUGCUUCGAAAAGUGGAGAUGGUUAUGCUGGACAUUAA